AUGCACAGUGCGCCGCGGGUUGGAGUGGCGCCUCCUGCGACGCGCGUGAGACCACAAUGUCUUCUCUCUCUUCACAUUCCUCCACUUCUCUCUCUUUGCAGCGCUUUGCGAUUGUUUCAACGGAUUCUGCGAAUCGCCCCAAAAGUGCGUGUGUCGCCACGGGUGGCGCGGCGAUCGCUGCGACCAGUGCCAGCCCUACCCCGGUCAGAGCUCUGUCUCCAUGACAACCGUUGUCGCCACGGCUUCUGCGUCGCGCCCUUCACGUGCAACUGCGACCGCAAUUGGGGCGGAAUUCUCUGCGACCACAACCUCGACGUGUGCGCCUCCGCCUCCCAUCUCUGCCUCAAUGGCGGCCAAUGCGUGAACACUGCGCCCGACGCCUACCGCUGCCACUGUCCCGACGGCUUCUCCGGCCUCCACUGCCAGACCAUCGUCGACGCCUGCGCACUGCGCCCGUGUCUGCACUCUGGCCUCUGCCACGCGCAAAACGCCUCGCACUUCCACUGUUCGUGCGCUCCGGGCUUUUCUGGCGAGCGCUGCGAACGCGACGUCGACGAGUGCGCGUCCAACCCGUGCGCGAACGGCGGCACGUGUCACAACCUGAGGAACGCCUUCCGGUGUCAAUGCGUGUCGGGAUGGCGGGGCGAGCGGUGCGAGGAGGAUAUUAAUGAGUGCGAGGACGUGAGCGCGUGUGUGCGCGCCGUGCGCUGUCAGAACACGGAGGGGUCGUUCCACUGCGAGUGCGAAGAAGGUGGCGUUCGCGUCGCUAAUUGUGUUCUCAUUGUAGGCUUCGAGGGGAAGCACUGCGAGACUGAGCGCGACGACUGCCAACACGUCACGUGUCACAACGGCGGCCAAUGUCUGGAUCUGAGGCUCGACUUCCGCUGCGUUUGCGAACCGCCGUUCGGCGGCCGCUUCUGCCGCCAGAUGUCGCCCACGGCGUGCGUCGAGUCCGCGGAACAGAUGUGGACGUUCAACGUGUCCUCCGAGUGCCGCAAAGUGUGUGUCUGCGAACAGGACUUG